UUGACUAGUGAAAUCCCUCUAUCCCUUUCCUUACGAGCGAUAAUCCUUCAAACAACAGAUUGGAAUAACUCGUCUUCUUUUUCUAGCAGUCACAUCACCGUAGUCCUCGUACACUGUCACGAUUGUUGUGUGCCCGUAUGGUGUCUUGUGUGUCUCUUUCAGGAACCAGACAGUGGCGGAAAAUCCCCGGCAAACGCCAUCACAGCGUCCAAAUCGAAGGAUAAGGAAGAACCAGACAGUGGCGGAAAAUCCCCGGCAAACGCCCUCACAGCGUCCAAAUCGAAGGAUAAGGAAUCUUCGUCGUCAACUAUAAGAGACACCUUGUCAUCGGUGCAGGAAACUUUGGCUGUGGUGCAAAACACACUCGUUUUCAUUUGCGCUCUACUGCAACGGGUACGAAAUAGCUUCAAUUUCACGCAACCGUGGUUAUCCUGGCUUGCUGUGGGUGUUCUCACUGUAGCCACCAUACUUGCUGUACCUCGUAUCAACAAGUUUACAAAGAAAUUACGUAAUCCGCACUACAUCGACAACAAUGAGCUGUUAGACUACCUAUCUCGAGUACCGUGCGAUAGGGAUUUGCUUGAAUGGCGCGAAUAUACGUUAACACCGUCAUCAAACGGCAAAGAGAAGGACAAGGCUAAACUCAAGGAUAAAUAG